AUGCCAGGCAAGACGGUUGCCAAGUCGGCAGUGGCGACGGUGUCGGGCGCAGCGGGUGGCGAAGAUCCUUUGAGCAGGGCCUUGAGACCACCUGCGGACGAAAGCAUUGCUGCGAGGUCGGAAAGACAAAGAAAGGAAGCUUCUGCCAAGAAGAGGAGCGAGGAGAUCGACAAGGCGCUCAAGGAAGAGGCUAUUCGCAAUAAACGCGACAGGGCUGGAGAGCAGAAGAUGCUGCUGCUCGGUCAAGCCGGAGCAGGCAAGACAACAGUGCUAAAGCAGAUGCGGCUCUUGUACGAUCAAAGCGCUCACCAGCGCGAAAGGCGCAGCUGGAGGGUGGUCGUAUACCUGAAUCUCAUAUUGGCAGUGCGAGCGGUGUUGGAGGUCUUCGAGGAAUCGCACGAAGCUCGAGCGCUCAAUCCGCCUUCUGUCAGUAGGGGGCCUGGUGGCAAUGCUAGCGCGCAGUCCAGCACGGAGUCCUUGAACAGCUCCGCCAUCAAUCCCCUUGCCCACCGCAACAAUCAUGGCGACACGAGCUUGGCCAGGCUGCGCUUGGCGCCCUUGCUGAGUCUGGAAGCUGAAUUACGCGCCCGACUGGGUGCGGUGGACGAGUAUGCUGACCUCUCGGACCCGAAGGUGGCCGGUGCAGCGCUAUUGGCAGCUCGCUCACAAGCUCGCGCAGAAGCAGCUAGGCCACAAGGCAAACGUCGAGCUGGACCGACCCUGCUCUUGCGAGCAGGCUGGCAAGAUCGACUCCUUGGUCGCGCCAACGCGAGCCUCAAUGAGCCACCGGCGGAUGCGGCGGACGAGGAGAAUGUCCCUCCGCCCUUGCCAGACUUGGACAGCGGGGAUGUGCAGGUCGGAUUGCAAGAACACGAGAUUGGAAGACUUUUGCUAGCUAGCAUGGAGGACGUCAUGUCCAUCUGGCAAGAUCCUCGCAUCCGAAAGCUGCGAAGGAGGCAAAAGAUUGAUGAGCGAGCGGAUGGUGCAAGCUAUUUCUUGGAGCAAAUGCCACGCAUUGCAGCUGCUGACUUUUUUCCAACCGAUGACGAUAUCAUGCGCGCUCGAGUGCGAACAGUAGGCAUCACGGAAGAUCGCUUCACAGUGGAUAGGCACACCACGUAUCGAAUUUGCGACGUCGGCGGUUCUCGAAGUCAAAGAGUCUUUUGGGCAAGCUUUUUCGAAGAUGCGAGAGCCAUCAUCUUUUUGGCUCCUGUCUCAGCCUUCGAUCAAAAGCUCAUUGAGGAGCCGCGCAUGAAUCGCAUCGACGACAGCCUGGAACUCUUCGCCUCGAUCGUCUCCAAUCCCUUGCUACUCAAAGUGUCCUUGAUCCUCUUUCUGAACAAAAUCGACGUGCUCGAACGUAAGCUGGCUGCUGGAAUUCAGGUGUCGCGCUACUUUCCCGAAUACGACGGGCCGGACGAUUUUGAGCAAGUCUGGCGCUUCUUCCGAACCAAGUUCAGGGAAGUCCUCGCCUCGCACCGCUCCCUGGCGCGCGACCGACCUUGCUACAUUCACACCACCUGUGCGACUUCGACGAAGCAGAUCAAGGCCAUCUUGGUCUCGGUGCAGGACACCAUUCUGCGCGAGUGA